AUGUUUUACAGAGCACCUGGCUCAAAAGCAGCUGACAAUUACGAGAAAAAUAUACAUACACUCGGUAGUUUUAAUACAAUCGAAGAAUUUUGGUCAAUAUAUAGUCACCUUAAACGUCCAAAUGACUUAGAACCACCAACAGACUAUCAUCUAUUUAGGAAUGGAAUACGCGCAAUUUGGGAAGACCAAGAUAACGUGAAAGGAGGAAAAUGGAUUAUUAGAUUAAAAAAGGGAUUAGGCUCAUACUACUGGGAAAGACUUAUUAUGGCAUUAAUUGGAGAACAAUUUCCAGUAGAUGCCCUUGGAGCAGUUAUUUCUGUUAGAUAUCCUGAAGAUAUAAUUAGUUUAUGGAAUAGAACUGCAUCAGAUGAUAAAGUACGCCAUGAAAUUUGCCGUGCAUUAUGCUCGGCGCUCGAAUUACCACCAGAUACAAAAUUGGAAUACAAACAGCACUAUGACGCUGUUAGAGAUCACUCUUCUUUCAGAAAUACUGUUAUCUACCAGGCUGGAACUGACGAACCAUUUGAAAUUCCUCAAAAGAAGGUAGGAAAUGGUAAAAAAUGA